AUGGGCGCCUACCCUGCACGAUGGGGCAAGGUUGGAUCUAAGCAGCCACUCCGACCGCCGCACGCGCGCGAAGAAGGCAACGAUAGUGAGAUUGCAUUGGGCCUCCUGGUGUUCUACCGAUAUGCACAGCGCAGAAUGAACACCUCAGUUGCCUCAGCGCCUGACAGCUCGCGUGAGAAGGAGCCUAGUAUGAAUUGCAGUCACAAAAUCCAGUCUUCACCUGGCCUGCCCAAUGCAGUGCUCUCCUUUCUCACUCGCUACAUCACAGUUAAAACCACGGGACAAUUGAGCAAUGUGUGCCGACUUCACGACACUUUUCCGGGGUACCGAGGAGCCAGGGUGAAGGAAGAGAAGGAUGAGGGCCCAGUGAAUGUCCCAAACAGGCUCGAUGCGAAGAUUGGCGCAGCGAAAGCAUUGCAACAAAUGAGUGCCGGCCAUGGAUACCGAGACCUCAGUCUGUCCUGUCGCCGCGGAAGACUUGUCUCUCUUGAUGAAUACGCCUGUGACAAGCUACGGCGAUGA